CUUUUCUUUUGCCUUCUCUAUAGGCCUUGGUGGGGGUCUUUGUGCUGCACUGGGGCUAGUGAGGUAUAGGGACCUUACUGUGUGUGGGCUGAGGGUCAGAAAAUGUAUCUGUAGUAGGGAAGUGGGAAUUAAGAGCACUUGUAUGGAUAGGGAGGGCUGAAGUACUUGUUGUAGCUCGGGGAGCAGUUUAUGCUCUCAAAACUUGUGGCUUAUGAGAAACUUUGUGGUACUACCCAUUAGCAUUUAGAACUAGUGAUAGUAGGUACUAUAGCGGCUGAGCCAGGCUCAAGAGCUUCUCUUUCUUAGUUUUGUGUGCGGUGUUAAGAAUAUAAUGGUGGCUGGAGUCAACUGAUUCCAUCUCUAAUGUUUACAGCACAGCAGUGCCCUUUUUAAAGUGGAUAUUGGUGUAAAUCAAAGUGCUUUGUAAAGGUCCAAGGCCCUAACAGCACUGCCAUCGCUUGUACUGAUAAAAGGUACUUGUAGUUGAGAACUAAGGUAACCAGCAGUUAUUAUCCUCAAAGAGCAGAGCUUUUUCUGUCCAUAAGCUGUCCUGGCCUUCAGCAACUUACAGAUUUGCUUAUCUGUAGUUUAUGGUGUUCAGUGUUAAGAUGCUUGAUUACAUGCAGGUGUUCCUGUUACUUAUCUAAGUGUAAACUUUUUCAGUGUUAUUUCGUUUAUUCCUUUCAAGUAGGCCGUUCAUUUUUGAUGUAACAACAGCCCUUUCAGACUUUGCUCUUGUGAACUUGCACUGCUUACGGCCAUAUGUCUUUAUAUCUAGGAGACAAUCCCUUCGUUAAAUAUUUAAAAUGGGUGCUAAGUCUCUGAAGCAGAUAAGGAGUAACAUCCUUUCUGCUUUAUUAAUUGAUGCAUUUUUUGCCUCGUUAUCAGCUGUUUUAUGAUGUCUGCAGAUCCUCUUGCUAUUCUGGUGCAGGUGGAAAAGUGUUUUUGUGGUAGGCUGUCACAAAUUUUUACGAAGUUUGGGGGAAGUGUAUGGUCCCUGGUGUCAUUUUUGGGCUGAGAAUGGAGUCAUCUGAUGGCUGGGAAUUUGACUUCUCACCCUCUCUCCUCACUGCUGCUAAAUCCUCCUACACCACAGCCACUGCCAGCUUUGUGUGAGGAACGACCCAUGCUUUUUGGGUGUGAAUCCUAUAUUGGUUUCAGUCUGUGGCCUCAAUGUUGGCCUGUGCUUGUGGAAGAGAACUUGUAUAUAAAAUGCAGCCUUCAGAAAGAGGUGUGUUUGCAAAGGCUCUGCCCUCUGAAGGAGAGAGCUGAUUUUAGCCUGACAUGGUACUGUCAGUAUUUCAUGCCUUGUUCUGAUUUCCUGCUACUGUGCUAACAAAUCCUGAUUUGUAGCCAUGAAAAAUUAUCACAGGAUUGUCUUGUUGAAAGCAAUCGACCCUUUCAGUUUAUCAGUUCCCAGCAGUGAGUGCAAGAUCCUGUUCUUUGACCCUUCUCUCAGCUCUUUUGUUGAGAGAUGUUCACCAGUCGCAAUUGGAAGGAGCGCAAAAUAUGUAAUUAAUGCACCGUUCAGAGGUGACAGCACAGCAGAAGGUCUGCUGUUGCUCAUGAAAUGAAUGCAGAGCACUUCCUCAUCUUUCUUUCCUGCCUCUAUUACUCAACCCACAGGCUGCUGUAGGAUGGCAUUUUACUUUUUGGGCUCAAAACAUGACAGUGUGUAUUGUGUCUCUUAACGGCCACGGAAGGAGUGAUGGGGUGAGUGGUCCUGGCUUGCUCUGUGCUGCUUGUGAAGCCAGAAUUAGGAUGCCACAAGAGGCAACAGGAGGAUAGUGGGUAUCAGAAGCUGCUUUUGAAGAAGAAUGGGUGUGCGAGGAGUCCCCUGCUAAACAUCUGCUUCAGAACUGCACUCAGGUCGCUAUCGAGAGAACUAAGAAAGGAUGUAGACGUGGUGUUGAUGUCUCUCUUAAGGCUGUGUCUGAGGAAGCCAACUUUUAUAGUGCAUCCAUAGGAAGCGUCUCCACUACAGCCUUUCACCACGCAGGAGGAAGACUGAAGAUGCAGGCAGCUGGCAAAUGUGAAAGUGAUGAAGAGGUGUUGUGAGGCUGACGGUGUUUUUUAUAGAGAGUGUGUUUUCUGGGAAGGACGUAAGAAGGGAGAUAAACAAGCGAUGACUGUGGCAAGCUGAGAAAUAGCUGCGGCAGACCAAGAUGUGCCGAAGAGGAGAUCACUGCAAAAAGGUCCUCAGUCUCCAUCAGCCACCAGCCACAUUGUAGCAGUGUAGGCGUUGCCAUGAGGAUCAGGAGGUGUCCUUUCUGCUUUGCUGUUUAUCUUUUGAUCCUGCUGGGUAAACAUCAGAGAGAGCCUAAUAUGUGGGCAGAGCACACAUUUCAAGAGAACUGUCAAGCUGGUUGCUUGCCAGUACAUACAUGAAUCUGAGUAAAAGUACUCCAAGUCCAGGGGAUUCUGUGGCACUGCAUGAGUGUAAGAACUGGUACGUUUGUUGGGUUAGACUCUACUUUUUGAGAGAUGAUGCCCCGACGAGGAUUUCUUGUACUAGUCCCUCGGCUUGUAGGCCUGCUGGUGGUGGCCUUUUGCUCUGUGUCCAUCGUUUAUAUGUUGGCUUGCACACCUAAGGGUGAUACUGAGCAGCUUGCCUUGCCCAGGGUUCACAGUCCGACUGCAAAGGAGGGAUAUGAAGCUAUUCUGCAGGAGCGAGAAGAGCAGCACCGCAACUACAUCAUCAGCUUGAAGAAGCAAAUUGCCCAGCUGAAGGCUGAGCUCCAGGGCAAGAGCGAGCAGCUUAAGAGCAUGCAGGACCAUAACCCAAACCCCUUGUACAUUCACCUUGACCACAGUAAUCCAGAGAAGGCCCAGGUUAAUCUGCUGGCAUUUCUCCGUGCCCAAAUAGACAGAGCAGAGGUGCACAGUGGUGUUAAGCUGUCCACAGAGUAUGCAGCUGUACCCUUUGAGAGCUUUACUCUACAGAAGGUGUACCAGUUGGAGACAGGGCUGACGCGCCACCCAGAAGAGAAACCUGUGAGGAAGGAUAAGCGAGAUGAGCUGGUCGAGGUGAUCGAGUUAGCUGUUGGGAAUUUGAACAACCUGGAGGGGGACAGCAAUACCAAGCACCGUGUAUACACAACUUCAGACUUCGUGGAAGGUUUGUAUGCAGACAGCAGGUUCGAGUUCUCCUACAGACCUGGUGAGCUGGUUCAGAGAGACUGCCUUACUGAGUGAGGUGGGAUAAUGUAGCACAGAUGUAUGGGACAAGGUUAGCGCUAUGACCCAGUGGGGCUGUCUUGGAUACAACUGUAGGCGUUAUCACCUGUUCUGCUGUUCAGUAGUGUGAGAUUUGAUCCACAGCUGACCUCACCUAGCUGAGUUUAUGUAAGAUUGGAAAAUUAUUUUCCUUAUCUUUAAAUGUUUUUACUGCAGACUUAGGAGACAUUUUGGUAAGAUGCCUGCCUUUUACAUCUUUAUUUUACUGAAAGGAUCAGGGCAUGGGCAGGGAUUUGAGAAAUGCUUGUCUACUUGACUGAAGCUACACACUUCCAGUUUUCCUUCUUUUUGCUCUUUUCUAAAUGCAUUUCUACUGCGACAUUUCUUGCCAUGUACAGUGCUUCAUGUUCCACUGAAGUUAUUCCUUCUGUUAAGGCAUGGUUUUUUUUAUGCACAAUCAAGGAUAUUUACCUGGAUACUAGUGGACCAAGGCAGAAACCAGUGUGUGUAAAGGCAUGUGGAAGGGGUGUAUGUUGGAGCACAGCAGUUAUUGGUGGUGUUAGCUAGCUGGGAAAGCUGACUGUUUGCUUUUUGCCAGAGCUGCUCAGGACAACUAAAGUUCUUA